AGUCCUUGUACUGAAUCCCAAGCCAGUAAGAGCACCUUUAUUGAAAGCCUGUGGUUAGUUUUACACUUUGGUACAAACUGAAAUUUUUAACUUUUUCUACUUUUUUUUUUAAGGGGAUAUACAUUUGUCUCAUAUAUCAGAACAUUUUUGGUGUUGUAUCAUCAGUUUUUGGAGCUUAAAAGUUUAUUGGGAUGUCUGGAUCAAGGAGGAUGCCUGGACAGUGAAGCUGCCAGUUGUGAUAAUGGACAUUUUUUGUUGAGAAGCAGAGCUUGUGUUCUUUAUUGUCAUCAUUCGCGAUGGGUCAGCGACUCAGUGAGGAUUCGGACGAUAAAGAGAUUGAUGUUGCUGAACUGCAGGAGUGGUAUAAAAAGUUUGUGAUUGAGUGUCCGAGCGGGACGCUCUUCAUGCACGAGUUCAAGAGCUUCUUUGGUGUAACGGGAAACCCAGAAGCAGCCGAUUAUAUAGAAAACAUGUUUCGUGCUUUUGAUAAAAAUGGGGACAACACUAUUGAUUUUCUGGAAUACGUUGCAGCCUUGAAUCUAGUGCUGCGAGGAAAGUUGGAGCACAAACUGAAAUGGACUUUUAAAAUGUACGACAAGGAUGGGAGCGGCUGCAUCGACAAAACAGAGCUCAGGGAGAUUGUGGAGUCAAUCUACCGACUAAAGAAAGCCUGCCAUGGUGAACUUGAUGAAGAGUGUACCCUACUGACCCCAGAUCAGGUGGUGGACCGAAUAUUUGAGCUAGUGGAUGAGAAUGGAGAUGGGGAGUUGUCUCUGGACGAGUUCAUCGAUGGGGCACGACGUGACAAAUGGGUCAUGAAGAUGCUGCAAAUGGACGUGAACCCUGGGGACUGGAUGAAUGAACAGAGGAGCCGCAGCGCCAACUUCUGAACUCCAUAUUCCCCAAAACAACUCUUAACAGAAGCCUACACCUCAACCAACAUAUACAGAGCAUGCAUAGCUUCAAGUACAGUCUUAGUCGUGGUUCAUUCAAGUAAAUUUAAAGCUGCAGUCCGUAACUUUUUUGGUUGAAAAAUUAUCCAGAAUCAAUAUUUGAGCAAACUAUCGCCUUACUUUAGCCGAUUCACAAUGGUUAAUUUAGAAUAAUGUUUUCUAAAUUGAGUGGUAUGGGUAGGUUUUCACGGAAAAUUUGAGCAUGACACUGCGUCAUUACGUCACGUCUGUAAACAUAAAGAAGUUGUCCCGGCUACUAUGCUAUCACAUGUGAAGAUCCUGCAGGUGGCUGACAUUUAAUUAUAGCCUAUUCCCACAGCAGUUCAAAAAUUAUCUUAUUGGCGGAUUGUACUCAAGAAAGGGUUAAUUAUAUGAAAUUAAUGUAUGAAUUAAAUUAAAGUAUAUUCCAGUUUUAAAUGUGGUUCUGAUUACAGAUAACCUGGGUUCACACAAGAUGUGUAUUUUAAAGAAAACCAGUUCGAUGGGAGCAUGGUUUGCUUUUUGGGUUAAGAUAAUUUCUUAAUAUUAAAUUUGAAUGAUGUGUCAAUAGAGAUUAGACUGUACAGACAUUGAAAUCUACAUUCUAAUUAGAGAUGUUCCGAUACCCUUUUUCUCUUCCCGAUACCGAUUCCGAUACCUGGGCUCAGGGUAUCGGCCGAUACCGAGUACUGAUCCGAUACCUGGGUGUAUAUCUGUAUAUACAGCUGUAUAUACUACUAGCCCUGUGUAAAUUGCUAGAAUUUUUUUAUGGUGUGCUUCAGACAGAUCCCUCAAUAAAACAUGAACAAAUACAUGGUGAACUACUGUAUUUAUUACAGUAUUUUUAUUAUCUAACAUGAAUUUGACAGUAUUAUUUAUUUUCUUAUGCAAAAAAGAACUUCAAAUGCAGCCAAAAAUCUAACACCGCAAACUAAAAAAGGUAUUUAAGUUUUACAAUAUAACUGUAUAAAAAAACUGCAACAAAUAAGUCUAGGAAUAUAAAAAAAGAUCUAUUAAUCAGAUAAUCUCUAACAAGUAAAAAACAAGUAAAAAACAAGCAACCAUCUAGGCAUAAUUAUUAUUAUUAUAGAGAUGUAUUAUUAUUACUGUAGGCUACAACAGUAGCUUUAUAUAUUGUCAAUUUACUCAUGUAAACCAAACAUUUAUUUUAAUGGGCUGCCAUGAAGAUCUUUGAGUGUCUGUGUUUAUGAUAUGACAGUAUUCUCAAAUGAAACGGUAAAUUCUCAUGAAGUGACGGUUUAUGCGUUCGUGUCCUCAUGACACACAGCAGAGACUACAAAACAGCGAGCUCUCGCGCAUCUGUGCCAGUCACCCACAGAGAUGUAGAUUUUGCGGGAGUAAUAUUUAAAUAGUAUUUUGCAGUUUAAUAUUCACAGACACUAGUAUAUAUUCGGCUACUGUCUGGAGCCCUGCGUUUUGACUUACACGGAAGCGACUGAACGCAGUUGCCAGAACUGAAUAUACUCGAGAGUCUGUAACUACCGGUACUACAGAGACAUACUGCUAACCACUGAUCUAUAAUAUAGUAGCGGCUUCACUGUCUUUUGGCAGUUUAGAAUGUGAUGAGUGAUCCAGUCAUAUAUAGAUAAGGGCUGCUAACGCGUUUUCAUUUCUUCUUCGCUGCUCUAAACAGGGGUUGCUUGUGGCAACACAGCACAACUUCCUGUGUUUUCAAUGCAUUUUGAGCAGCGAAGAAGAACCGUGCAGCGGUUAGGCAAAGCUUGCGGUCAUAACUAGGUCUUUUUUAAGAAAAUGGUAUCGGAUCGGUAUAUGGGUUCAUGUACUCGCCGAUGCCGAUGCCAGAAUUUGUUGUGGUAUCGGAGAUAUUUCCGAUACUAGUAUCGGAAUCGGAACAACUCUAAUUCUAAUACACACUAUACUCAUAGUCUCGCAAUACGGAUGUUAUUAACAUUAAUAAUUUGAGUAUAAAGUAUAACAAUAAUGAUAAUGAUAAUUUGCAGGGUUUGAUGUGAUAUGAGCCAAUCGAUCGUUAGAUUAAAAUACAAUUGGUAGCACGAUUUACUGUAAUGCUUUUUUCCUCAGUUGGUCAGAACAAAGCAUGGCAGACUUGUUACUUACUUGUUCAGAUGACAAUAUGUGGGUAAAUUUAUUAUUUGGGUCAUAUAUUCCAAGACUGGAAUCUGUGAUUACUAUAUACAGUGAAUAUCCACACUGGUGCAGUGACUGAGAGCUACACAUCCACCUCAAAAUAGAUUCAUCCGCGCUGGAUCACAACCCACGCAUGGAAUAUAAUUCUGCAAGGAACUACAAUUCCAGGUUUUCAAACACUGAUAGCGACAAAAAGGCAAAAUUUAAAGACUGCAGCUUUAAGCCAUCAGCACUUUGUUUUCUAAUGUAGUGGUGUAACUCCAUUUUUUUUGACAAACAUAAUUUAUUCUAUAAACGUAAAUAUUCAUGUUUUCUUUAUUGUUUCUUUCAUUCUUGUUGUUAGGAUUUGCAAAAUGCUCACUUUCAUGACUGACUGGAUUUCUGACUUUUUAUUAUUAUUAUUAUUAUUAUUAUUAUUCAGAUGAGGUGCAUCUGAGUUUACUGUAUGUAGCAUAUUACUCAAUUUAUAAACAACCAACCAAUUUCAAAUUGGCAUGUCUCAUGUUUGUAAAUAAAAGUCUCCGGAAGGUCAAAAUUGUAAAAGUAUUUGCAUUUGUAAAUUUGUCUAAAAUAAAAACUCAUCAAUUAUA